UGUUUUAGUUUUUUAGAGUAAAAGCAAGAUGAAUAGAGGGAGAACAGACCUUUCUUUUCCUGAUGGUAUGAAUUCUCUCCUUUCUGACAGAGAAGGAGCCUAGAAGACUGUUGAUUAUUCAGUAGAAACCAAGCAUCUCCUGGCUGUGUUCCUGUCCAUUAUGAUCUGGAUCAUAAAGUGGAAUCCCUGGCCAGCUGCCUACAGCAGCUCCAGUCUACCUUUGUACCUCAUAUGCCUCAUCCCCCAGCUUCCUUGUAUUUCUGGUUCAGUUCUCCACAAAGGAACAUUCACAGUAUCUGGCCCUCUGGUCCAACCCACCCUGGCCUGGGUGGGGGAAGAUGUCCUGCUGUCCUGUCACCUCUCCCCUAAGAUGGAUGCUCGAGAAAUGACUGUGAAAUGGGUCAGAGGUUCACUGGUUGUGCACAUGUACCGCAUGGGGAAUGAGAUGGAGGAAGUCCAGGCCCCUGCAUUCCAAGGGAGGACAAAGAUGCUGAGAGAGGACAUGGCUGAGGGGAAGGUGACUGUGAGAAUUCACCUGGUCCAGCUGUCUGACACCGGCCUGUACACAUGCUAUUUCCAGGCAGGCAUCUUUUACAAUGAAACCAGCUUUGACCUUCAGGUAGCAGAACGCCAGAAGCUACCAUUGUCAGUGGCUGGCCCCGCUCAGCUCAUUCAGGCCAAGGAAGGGGAAGAUGUCACACUCUCCUGUGACAUCUCCCCCACGAUGGAUGCUCGGGACAUGACUGUGAACUGGUUCAGAAACCAGACCCUUGUGUACAGGUACCCAAACGGGGAGAACCUGGAGGAAUCCCAGGGCACUGAGCUCCAGGGAAGGACAGAGCUGCUGAAACAUGACAUGGCUGAGGGGAAGGUGACCUUGAGGAUCCAGCAGGUCCAGGUCUCUGACUCUGGUCCGUACACAUGCCAGAUGCAGUCACCUACCUAUCACAGUGAAGCCCACAUUGAACUGCAGAUAGCAGAGUGUCUCCCCACAUCUCAGAAGACACUUCCUAUAAUGAUUGCUGCCGUAGUCCUGGUGGUCUUCACUGGUUCCCUCAUGGUGACUUGUUUCUUCUGCAAAACAAAAUUCCAGAGGGUAUUAAGGUGUAGAGAAUUCCACUCCCAACCUCACUCUCCAACAACCUUGUAAGAUACAAAAGGGAAGUAUUUUUAUGGCCAUCGUACAGAUGAAGAAAAUAAAGCUUAAGGAAAAUUCAAUAAUUUAGUUUGCAGACCUUGCCGGCUUCCAGAAAGGGGUCAGACUGUCCAGUUGCACACACCUACUCUAGCCAAGACUUGAAAUUCACCCCAGACCAAAUAAUGAUUAAGAAAGCCAAUGAUAAAGUGGUGUAAGUAACUUGUUCCUUCUUAAAAUUGCACAAAACAUCAGCCAGAAUCCAAAGGGCAGUAACAUAGAGGGACGUCGUUAAAGCCAGCGCCUACACAGGUAGACAUCAACAGUCAUGGAACAGAAACCUGUGUGUUAACUGUGAAGUCUCUGUGUUUGGAGGUCACAAGGAUAGAGGGCCCCCUGAGAAAAGCCCAGGGUGGUCAGAAAGGCCCAGGAGGAAGACUCUGGAUUCCUUGAGUCAUGGCUGUGACCAGGGCAGCAGGAAAAUGUUCAUUACUGGACAUCACAGGCCCCGAGGGGCUCAGAGGAUCCCAGCCCUCUGUCCUGAGAUGCCCAGACAGUCAUGAAGAUCCAGCACUCAACUUCAAAGAUUCAAGAGUGGAAUGCGGUUCAGGAAUCUAGAGGACCAACAGUAAAAUUGGAUCAUUAUCUACCAGAGUUCCCUCAUUCCCUAACCUCCCAGCAUUGGUUAGGAAAAGAGCGUACAAGGACUUGAUUGACCCCAGGGUGGGGCAAGGCUCAACCUUGACUCAGCCUCCUGGUGGGUUCUGAAUAUGUUAAUGUGACUUCCUGUUCAGUUAAGGGCAUUAAAAAGUCCCCAUAAAAAGUGAGAUCAGGACCCUUCCCACUUGUAGAAGUCUCCAGACUAUGAGUUAACACUUACUGCCCACCCAUCUUACCAAAAGUUUCCAUGGAGACAAUAUCAGAAGGGAUCAGGGUGAGGAUAUCUAGGGAAGUUAGGUACCUCUAUCCUUGAUGCAUCUCUUUGCUAUGUUAACUCUAAGUCAACCUACUUGGGAAAUUGUUCAACAACUUCCAAGUGCUACAUUUUAUUCCAACAUCAAAUCUAAACUAACAGGGUGCUUGUUUCUGGACCCCCUUUAACAUUGGUAUGGUCAAUAAUUGAAAUGAAAUGACAUGGCUCCAUGGCCCAUAUCGUGGUUUAGCUGUAAGAAGGCCAGUGUGAAUACAGAGGGUGGGGUAAUCAGAGGAUUGCAAGACAUGGCACUAUGGAACUGAAGGCAAGGACCCACUCUGGUCCUUUAUGGGGACUCCUCUAAAUGGAACAGGGAGAAGCACCCACUCAUACAGAGUGAUUAGCUCCGUGGUGCUGGAGAUGCAUGGAGGUGCUGCGAGAGAGAGAAAAGAAAACACCAUGUUCUAGAAUUCUCUUGCCAUUGUUGGCCAUCCUGAAGAAGUUGGACUGCCAACAUAGUAUUGUUUGUCCUUCAUUCUUGAAAAAGGCUAUGGCAUCAGGGAGGUGAUGCCAUGACAUGCAGAUGAAUUGGAUUU